GAAUUAUUCGGAGAUCAGAUACCAGCAUGUCCCCGGGAAAAUCGCCCUCCUGCUUUUCACUGCAGCGUGGGUGCUGCCUGCUGGAACCUCAGAGGCCAGCCCCCCCCCCGGGACCGGCGUGAGAGCAGGAAACCCCACGCUCAAUUUGGCCUUCUCCUCGGUGGAUGACCUGUACAAAGGCUGCACGAACCCCAUGUGGCAACAUCUCCCGUCCCUGAUAAAAAAGGAGCUGACCAAGAACAAGAACUUCUACCUGGCUUGGAACAAGGCCAAGAAGGAGUGGAUGAGGAAGAUGAAUAUGUUCAUCUUCCCCAACACGAUAAAAGCUUUCUGCAGUGUCGCAGUGGUGGCCUACACCUUAAACGACCCGCCUCUGUACAAGGACUUCAACACAGCCACCAGGACGGGCUGGACGGGACCCAAAGCCUACGCCAGCUACCCCUUCAAGGCUUUGCAUUUCCUGCUGACCCAGGCACCCAAAGAUAUAUGGGGGAUAACACCCAGUUGUGCCACCGUCUACAGAGGAACUGACGUAAUGUUCUCCAUCAGCCGCAGCCAGUUGUUCCGCUUUGGCCAGUUCACUUCCACCUCAAAGAGCUCGAAGGCGGCGGCCAAUUUCGGCGGGAAGACCUUCUUCAUCCUGGUUUCCUGCACGGGGUAUGCGCUUCGGGACCUGUCCCACUUCCCUAAAGAAGAAGAGGUGCUGGUGCCGCCCUCUGAGAUGUUCCGGGUCACCAUGGUCGAGGUGACGUCAAGGAAGAAGACGGUCCACGCCAAGUCGGUGGGGGUCUGCAGCAACCACAACUGCGCCUACACAGGGAAAGGAGACCCCAAUGUGAAGAGAUGCCCUCCUCACCAAGUGCUGCACUUGUGAGGCCCCAGAGCGAGGAGGGGCAGCAGCAAUCCAGGGCUGCCUUUAGCCAGGAGCUCCGUGGAGCAUCGUGCGCGUGGCCUUGUCUACCUAGGCGGGCAAAAAUUCCCCAUGUGCUUUUCUGCUGUCACUAACGGGGAAUUGCUGUAGCAAAACACACCUCGUCUCCACCGCUCUGUUUACUCCUGUUUAAGCUUCUUCCCUCGCAGGUCUGCGCUUUCCCCGACAGCUGUACCACAACCGGAGCCGGUUUCCCCGGUGCAUGGCCCUGUGCCUGGUGGGAUUUUUCCUAGGGUGCACUGCAGGAGGACAGGAAAGUAGAGUGAUGAUCAAACCUCCAGGAAUACGUCCAACCCAAACUGGCAACCCCAGCCGUGCAGACGAGGGUGCUCGUGGGUUUGCCCCGUUGAGGUUCUCCAGUUGUAUGAGGGCCAUUGAUGGGACCCUAACCCUAACCCUAACCCUAACCCGAAGCUCAUCAACAGAAAGGCCUUAGCCCUGCAAGCUCUGGGUUCAUAGAUUCCCAGAUUUCCAGACCAGCAGGAACCGUUGUGGUCAUCUGGUCUGACGCCAGCCAGAGAACUUCCCCCAAACAAAGGCCUAGGGCAGAUCUUUUAGAAAACCAUCCAAUCUAGGUUAAAAUCAUCAGCCAUGGAGGAUCCACCAUGACUCUUGGUUAAUUGCGCUGAUGGUCAAUUCCCCUCACGGUCAAAAAUUUACACCGUCUUUCCCAUGUGAAUUUGUCUAGCUUCAAUAUCCGGCCAGUGGCUCACAUCAGACCUUUCUCUGCUAGAUUGGAGAUCCCAUUAUCAAAUAUUUGUUCCCCACAUAGGUCCUUCUAGACUGGGCCCAAGUCACCCUGGGAGCGUCUCUUUGCUAAGCUAAAUAGAUUGAGCUCCAGGAGGCAAGUUGUCUAAGCCUUCAGUCACUCGCCUGGUUCUUCU